GGACACGAUGGACCGCCGCCGAGAGCCCGGGGUAGGCGCCCUGUCACCGAUUAUGGCGCUACCGUUGUCCACUGGAUGCGAAAUCGCCAACCGCGUUACAAAGGGUCAUUUACCGGCGAGGUCGAGAGACCGAGUAACAGCUACAUAGUUGACAUGCUGCCUCCUCAUGCGAGGACAACAAGCCCGGCCGAUUCGGUACCUACACGCCACCUGCACUCGUCACUCAACAAGAUCAAGCACCCCAUCAAUGUAGUACGAUGGACGCCGGAAGGCAGGAGACUGUUGACGGCGUCUAGCAGUGGGGAGUUUACCCUCUGGAACGGCACCGGCUUCAACUUUGAAACCAUCAUGCAGGCCCACGACUCGGCCAUCCGUGCCUUGGCAUAUUCCCACAGCGACGACUGGCUGGUAUCCGCGGACCACGACGGGAUUAUCAAGUACUGGCAGCCGAACUUCAACAACGUCGAGAGCAUUCGUGGUCACACAGACCCGGUUCGCGACUUAGCCUUUAGCCCCACCGAUGUCAAGUUUGUCACAGCAUCCGAUGACUCGACGCUGAGGAUAUUCGACUUUGCCGCCGGAGCAGCCGAGUCCACACUGACGGGCCAUGGUUGGGACGCAAAGAGCUGCGACUGGCAUCCCACCAAGGGGCUUAUCGUUUCGGGCUCCAAAGACCAUCUGGUCAAGCUCUGGGAUCCGAGGACAGGCCGGUGUCUGACAACCCUUCACGGUCACAAGAACACCAUCACUAAGACCGUCUUCGAGAAAGUCCGCGGGCAAUGCCUAGCCACAUCCGCGCGGGACCAAACCGCCCGCGUGUUUGACCUCCGCAUGAUGCGCGACAUCUGCCUCCUCCGCGGCCAUGAGAAGGACAUCUCGACCCUAAGCUGGCACCCGGUUCACUCCAACCUACUCAGCACGGGCGGCUCCGAGGGCUCCCUCUUCCACUACCUCCUCGACGAACCCAACACGCCGCCCGGCCACUCCCUCUCCAUCGCACCCUACGACACCGCCGACCCGGCCUCCACCCCGGCCCAGGCCAUCUACCCCGCCCACCGCGUCCCGCACGCGCACGACUUCGCCAUCUGGUCGCUCGACUGGCACCCGCUCGGCCACAUCCUCGCAUCCGGCUCCAACGACCGCAUCACGCGCUUCUGGGCCCGCGCCCGCCCCGGCGAGGCCGACAACUUCAACGACCGCUACCACAUCGGCGAGGCCGCCGCCGAGGCCCAAGGCACCUGGGACCGCCGCGGCCACCGGCACAUGCGCCAAGCCGAAGAAGAGCAAGAACUCGAAGACGAAAUGGACGGCCUCGUCGACCAAAAAAUGCCCCUCCGCCAACAACCCCCCGGCCUGCCCGGGCUCGGCAUCCCCGGCCUCCCCGGCCUCCCAGGCCUCGUCCCCCCACCUCCCCCACCAGCCUCCCUCAUCCCAGGCAUGUCCGGCGCCGCACCACCACCACCACCAGGCACGCACGCCCCCCCCUUCCCACUACCCGGCGUCGGCGUCCCCCUACCCGCCGGCGCCGCCCCGCCCCCGCCUCCCAUCCCGCCCAUCCCGGGCAUGGCGGGCGUCGUCGAUGCCAAGAACCCGCCCGAUUUUGCCGCCAUCGCCGAGAUGAUGAAGAAACAUGGCAUUGUGCCGCCCCCGCCCCCGCCGCCGGGCAUGUUGCCGCCGGGCCUGAUUCCCCCGCCGGGCAUGUUGCUGCCGCAUGGGUUUCCGCCGCCGCCGCCGCAUUUGGUGGCUGCGGCUGCUGCUGCGGGGGGUGGCCCUGCUGGUACAGGGGCAAGUGGUGCGGGUGGUGUAGGUAGUGGUGGUGGUUCUAGUGGUGGUGGUGCGGGUGGUUCUGGUGUGGGUGGGGAGCAGUAUGGAGAGCGGUAUGGAGAGCUGCAGUACGAUGAUGAUCAGGGCGGGGAUGGGCCUGGUGGGAGGAGACGGGCGCCGCUGCCGAGCCAGGAGGAGAGUUUGAGGAUGGAGCAGAGUAAGGGGAAGUAUACGAGGGUGAGAUAGAAUUGGGAGGGGAGUAGCACAUGGGCCGAUAAGGUCCGGGAAGGGAAUGGUGGUGAUGAUGAAAGUGGUGGUCGGGUAGGGGUGUGGGUGAUGUCGCUUCUAUUCGGAAGAAGAGCUAGAAAAAGAAGAAGAAGAAAAGAACAACCGGGGGGGGGGGGUCGUUUGGCGUGGGGGCUAUACCUGAUC